GCAAUAAAAAAAAUAAUAAACCUUGCUUAAUAACAACAGCGGUAGUGAUUCUAAAAAAAAUGAAUUCAACAUUCCCUAUUUUAUUUAAUUCAAAGUUAAUUUUUGAAGAUAAAAAUGUUAUUCAAUUGCGAGCAUCAAUUAAAUCAGAAGAUGAAGCGAACCAAUGGGUAGAAGAAUAUGGACAUAAAACGCACACUAGAUGGCUAAAGUCAUACAAGCUGAAUGAACCUACAAGGCUUGUGGCACAUAGAAAAUAUCAAUGUCAACAUUCAAAACUAAAUAAAGAAAUUAAAUCAAGGAAAAACACAUACUGUGUAGCUGAAAUUGAUAUCAAAAUCAAAAAAGUAAAUGCAAAUACUAAGAAAAAUGAUCAAUAUCUAAAAGAAGAACCUCCCCUUAGUGGAGUUAUAGUAGUUCAUAAAAACCAUAACCAUAACAUUGAAUGUGCAGAUUCGAUGAAAUACUUACCAGUGUCAUCAGUUACAAAAAAACUUUUUUAUAACUAUUUUAACAGUGGAUUAAGUCCAGCUCAAGCAAAACGUAUACACACAGAUAACUUUAUUUAUCAUGAAAAUGGCUCCUUUCUUUUGGCAGAUGCCUCACUUAAUCCUUCAUCACGUACAAUUUAUUAUUUAUACAAUUUAUGGCAAGAAAAACAUUUUGCUCUUAAAAAUCCUUUAGAGAUGUUAAAGAAUAAAAGAAAUGUAUACUUAGAAUCAGGAGCGUUGGUGACAGUUAUUGAAGAAGAUCUGAAAUGGUCUGUACUAGUGGUCACUGAAGUGAUGCAAAGGAAUCAACUAAGAAAAUCUUCUUCCGAAAUUGUGUUUGUAGAUACUACCUCAUCUUGUGAUAUCUCACAAACAAAUGUUACAAUUGUGUCUACAUCAAGUUCCGCAGGAUGUAUCCCUAUUACUAUUCUAUUUCAUGCUAAUAAAACUGAAGAGAAUUAUGAGCAAGCAUUCAAACUUCUUAAAUUAGAAUGCCCAAGAUGUUUUGGAGGAUCUGAGGUAAUUUAAAGUUUUAUAAGUAUAUUCUAUGUAUGCAUAUGUAUAAUAUAAUAAUAUAAUAUAAUAGCCUAACUUUAUCUUUUUUUCUUUUAUCUCUAUACAUGAAAUGGUUAACAUAUAUACCUUCUUUUAUAUAUACAAUUUGAUAUCUUUGUAUUACAAAGUCAGGAAUUACCUUUUUCGGGUUAUUUCUAAAAUUCCGGAUAUUUUUCUCAAGUUUUAGUUUUUUUGGAUUUCCAAAAUGUUUUAAUUUAAAGUAUAAAUUUUUGUAAUAUAUUUGUUUAUUA